AAGUAAAUAAUUUGAUAUAUUUUAUCUUUAGCAAUGUCUCUAAAUCGACUUAAAGGUCAUGCUGUUUACAUGAUUUUCUAUUAUUGUGAUGCGUUAAUAAUUUUUAAUAUUUUGAGCACAGGUUUCUAGUACAAAAAUGAUAUAUUUCUUUGUAUGACUUGCAUGAAGAAUCGCUUAGAUCGCUAGGGAAGUUCUAACUCAGGUCUCCGAGAGGAGUAAAAAGAAGGGGAGGCAGAUGAUAUCACAGAGAGGAAGUAUCGUGGCAAGAUAAGCAGGGAAGAAGGAAUUGCCAUCACUGAUCGUUGGUGUGUGUGCGUGCGUGUGUGUGUGACGCACUAUUUCUUAAAAUGCAGCUUCAGCGCAUAAAGAAAUAGGUCAUGUGUCACACGGAGAAAUCUCAGUUGCAUUAAAUAUUAUAUAUUAUGUAGAUACAUAUGUACAGAGAGAUUAUUUUUUCUAAUGAAGUCAUUCAGUUGGAAAGAGAAGCGCUACUCACCUCUAUUAGUUCCUUGCUCUUGCUAUCAUUUUUUUUAGAUGAUCAUGGCAAUACGAGUCGGAGACAGGCUAACAAAUGUUAUACUUAGUUUUCGUGUGACGCUUGUCGCUCUAUCUUAUUGCCGAAAAAUUAUGGAAUUACGCAGCUCACCAUACAGUGAGAACACGUGCGCAAUCUCCAUGCCGGAUUGCAAGAUACAAUAGCAGCAGUAAAGCAAAAAAGCGGAUUUUCCUUCUCCGAGUCUGAUAAUAAUUCAAUUAAAUACAUACGUGAAGGCGUUGCCGUCUUCUCGAUAACUUCCAAAAAGAUUUUCGAUGCAUUGUCUAAUAGAUCGAGUCUAAAUUCAAUUAUCAGAAUAAAAUUUGAACGUCAUCAUAUUAACAAUGUUUCUUAAAUUAAUAAGCCCGCUCACCGGAUCAGUCACAAUUCAGUAGAAGCAAACGAGAUUUUUUUUUCUUUAUUUGCAUCGACGGAGUGACGUCCGAUAAUUAUAUGUGAAGAAACUCAAAGUGAAAGCGCAAUUGUAAUGAGAAUAUAGAACGUUCUCGAACAGUCUCGAUCGUUUUAGAAGCGCAUUCCCCCUCUCCCUUCACCGCGUACCCACUUAAAUACUUACGUGGAGACGUUGCAAUGUCAGUUGCUCAUUAGAAAGCAUAACAGCAAGUUCAUUCAUAUUUCUUCAACGUUCUUUUUUUAAUUAAAUAUGGAUAAUAUAGAGCAAAUGGAGCGUAAUUUGAAGCAACAAUCUACUGAAUUAAAUACGCCUGAAGAGUAUGAGGCAUGGGACCAGCGAUGUGACGAAUUUAUCGAAUCGCUGGAGGAACAAAGCCAAAUUAAACGCCCGCGGUUAAGCAACGGUAAGACACAAUCAGUGGUUGCUCUUAUCACACGACUCAAAAACUUAAAAAGCUCGGUGCGCGAACGAUUCGUGCCUGAUGUGGAUGCCGGACCCAGUGAAAAACUCCGAUGGCGCGAGAUAAAUACGGCUUUCAAAAGUCGUAUACAGACCGGCAAGAUAACCAAUGUGAACCACAUCGAGCCACGUCAUUUUCUCGAGGAUGCGCGGGAAAUUGUGGUCGAGCGUAUACGAUGCGUCAUGGAGGAACAUGGCAACUUAAAGGUGAACACUAUUUUCAACGGUGAAUUUGUCGUGGGUGAUAAAAUCGAGAAUAGAAGUAUCGCCACUAAAAACUGUGAACUUUUUGGAGCAACCCAUUUAGAAGAGUGGUACAAGUCGAGUAUUGUUGAACGUACACUGACAUUGUUCGAGGAAUUCCAGGAACGCGAUAGCGGUUGGACGUUGAAGCGUAUACUAAAUUUAACUGUAAAUAUAAACAAAUAUAAUCCUUUGCACGCGGGAUGCGACAUCCAGAUACCGCGUGAAAUUCAGAUGAAAAGGGCGGUGAUUAAUGUGAAAUCGGAAGACAAUGCGUGUUUCGCAUGGUCAGUAGUGGCCGCUCUGAAUCCAGUCGAACAUAACGCGCAUCUGACAUCUUCGUAUCCUGAUUAUUCUGAGGUGCUGGAGCUCGCAGACAUUGAAUUUCCCAUGACUUUGACGCAAAUUAAAAAAUUCGAAAGUUUAAACAACAUUUCCAUACAUGUGUACUGCAUAGAGAAGGAGGAGAAGAAACUCUCGAUUGUUCCAUAUCGGCUCGCAGAUAAGAUAAUGGACAAGCACAUUCAUCUGCUGUACUUGCAGGACGAUGACGAGGAGGUGGGACACUUUGCAUGGAUAAAAAAUCUGUCCCGUCUUGUGAGUUCGCAAAUUAAUAAGAAGAAUGGCAAGAAAUACUUUUGCAACCGAUGUCUGCACUACUUUUACAGUGACGAAAAGUUGAAAGCUCACGCUGUGGACUGCGAGAAGAUGAACAACUGCGCAAUCAAGUUACCGAACGGCAACAACAAGUGGCUCAGUUUCAAGAAUUACCACGCGAAGGAACGUAUGCCUUUCAUCGUUUACGCCGACCUAGAGUGCAUUCUGAAAAAGACAGGGGAGGAGAAAAUGUACCAGCAUCAUCAACCAUUUAGCAUAGCGUAUUAUGUGCAUUGCUCGUACGACGAUUCAUUGUCUAGAUAUCGAUUUCGUCGCGGUGAAGAUUGCAUCAACUGGUUUGCCAAAGAACUUAAAAAUUUAGCGCUCGAGGUUAAUAAUAUUCUAUCGACUGUAGUCCCCAUGAAAUUAACGCCAAACGAUUGGAAAAAAUAUAACAGCGCUACAGAGUGUCACAUAUGCGAAAAACCAUUUGCGCUAGCAGACGCGCAAGUGCGCGAUCAUUGUCACCUAACCGGUCGAUUCAGAGAUGCCGCGCAUAAUUAUUGCAACUUAAAUUACCAAGAUACGCAUUGCAUUCCAAUAGUUUUCCACAAUUUAAUGCGCUACGACGCGCAUUUUAUAAUCAAGGAAAUAGCUACCGCGUUCGACGGAAACGUAGAUUUACUUCCAAUAACGAAAGAAAAGUACAUUUCGUUUACAAAAAGUGUUACAAUAAGAAAGAAUGAUAAAAGUGAAACAUGUAUAAAAUUGCGAUUCAUCGAUUCUUUAAAAUUUUUAAAUGCCAGUCUUGACAAAUUGGCAUCUCUUCUUAAUAAGAAUAAGCUACUGAUAAUGAAAAAUGAAUUUUGUAAUUUAUCUAAUUACUCUGAAGAAAAGUUUGAUUUAAUGAUUCGUAAAUGGGUCUUUCCAUACGAGUAUGUAGACUCUGCUGACAAGUUAAAAGAGACAAAGUUACCAUCGCGCGAUUUAUUUUACAGUUCAUUGACGGACGACACCGUAUCGGAGAGCGAUUACGAGCACGCUGUCAACGCUUGGAAUGAGUUCUCUAUUAAAACGCUCGGCGAGUACAGCGACUUAUAUCUUAAAAUCGACGUGCUGUUGUUAGCCGAUAUUUUUGAGAACUUUCGCGACAGUUGCGUCGAGCAUUACAAACUUGACCCCGCACAUUAUUAUACAUUACCCGGUUUCACAUGGGACGCGAUGAUGAAAUACACGUGUGUAGAACUCGAGUUGCUCACUGACAUUGAUAUGGUUAUGUUUAUUGAGCGCGGUAUACGCGGAGGUCUGAGUCAAUGUUCUCACAGAUACGCGCAAGCUAACAAUAAGUAUAUGAGUUCGCAUGACUUGUCUAAACCGACAUCGUACUUGAUGUAUUACGACGUGAACAAUUUGUACGGAUGGGCGAUGUGUCGACCGCUGCCCUUCGCCAAAUUUAGAUGGGUCAAAAACGUUGCGAACUUUGACGUGGACAAGAUUGAUUUGGAUUCGUCUACGGGUUACAUUCUCGAGGUCGAUCUCGAGUAUCCGCAAGAUCUACACGAUCAACACGCUGAUCUACCGUUCUGUCCGACACGCGAUAAGCCACCGGGUUCGCAGAAAGAUGAGCAAGCAAAACUUCUCGCGACGCUAUAUGAUAAGGAGCGAUAUGUAAUUCAUUACCGCAAUCUUAAGCAGUGUAUUCAAUACGGGCUUCGCGUAACAAAAAUUCACCGCGUGUUACAGUUUGCACAACGUCCAUGGCUUCGCGCGUAUAUUGAAUUUAAUACAGAUUUAAGAACUAAGGCGAACAACGAAUUUGAGAAAAAUUUAUAUAAGCUAAUGAAUAACGCGAUAUAUGGCAAAUCCAUGGAAAACGUGCGCAAACGCGUCGACGUUCACCUCAAAACGAUAUGGGAAGGCAGGUACGGCGCGGAAGCAUUGAUCGCUAAACCAAAUUUCCACAGUUGUAGCGUCUUUUCGGAGAAUCUAGUCGCGAUAGAAUUGCGUAAACUCGAGAUAACGUUCAACAAGCCGAUUUACGUGGGUGUGUGUAUCCUCGACAUAUCCAAGACACUUUUGUACAACUUUCAUUACGGGUACAUGGCACCAUUGUUUCGAGAAGAUUGUAAAAUUAUGUACACCGAUACGGACAGUCUUGUGUAUCACAUAGAAUGCAAAGACAUAUACGAUAUAAUGAAACAACACAUUAAAAAGUUUGAUACGAGCGAUUACGCGGCGAACAAUAAAUACGGUAUGCCUCUUAAGAAUAAAAAAGUUCCUGGGUUAAUGAAGGACGAAAAUAACGGUAUGAUUAUGACAGAAUUCGUAGGGCUUAGGGCAAAGAUGUACGCGAUGAGGGUGGAUGGCAAGAAGGAUGACACGAAAAAGGCGAAAGGCGUGAAAAGUAAUGUAGUAGCGCGAACUAUUACGUUCGAUGAUUAUAAGCAGUGUCUAUUUAAUCAAAAUGACGCGAAUACAGACGAGAACAGAAUGACGCGAAAACAGUCGAGUAUAAGAUCGAAACUACACGAAGUGUAUACAGUGUCCGAGUCGAAAGUUGCUCUAAGCCCAUACGAUAAUAAGAGAUAUAUUGUGCCUGAUUCUACCGACACAUUGCCAUGGGGACAUUACAAAAUACCAAAGUAAAUAAGAUAUACAUUUUUUAUAUUGAAUUGUGUGAGUUACUGUAUCCAAGCCAUUUCACGUAAACCUCGUUCACUCUUUUGUGCAACACUUUUGUAUUUAUGGGAAAUGAAUAAAUAUUUUUUUUUAUUUGAUUUGAAUAAUUACAUUAACGAAUAUGAUUACGAAUAUUUUUGAUUUUGCAUUCACUUCCACUUUGCCAACUGUCAGGACGCGGCUCACGCGAAAAUCGAAUUAAUGCGAUGCAGUUUUAUGAUGGAGGGUUAUUUAUCAUACUAUUUUCAUACUAAAAUCUGUUUGAUUAAUUUUACUUUACUGUUGAAAAUUUGAAUUUGAAUACAGGAUCACGAAGAUGCUUAUCUUAUUCUUAGCAAGGUCACCAGAAAUUAUCUAUCAGCUUCUGGUACAAGCGUACCUAUAGAACGUACAUAUUUUAUAAUUCCAACUUACUUAUAAGCAAGUAAAUUGUUUAACUACUGAUACAGUACGUAAAAUAUUCUGCCUUCGAGCUUGGCUAAACUUGGUAAAAAAUGAUUAUACGAAAGAAAAAAAUGAACGCUAUUGUUAAUGCUU